AACUAACGUUCCGCCAGUAGAUAACUAAAGUCUACAAUUCGUCUUUUGGAACAAUAAAAACAGGAAGAACACCUGAGAAGUAUUGCAAAAUUGUCUCAAACUGCAACACUGAACUAUCGGCUCAGACUAGCAGCCGGGAGAAGGAAACAGUUGAGGACAAAAAGUCGCUCGGAGAUGCCCGAGGGUGACAUGACUCUGACCAGAGGAUCUUUCACCUACGCCAGUGGAGAAGAGUACCAUGGCGAGUGGAAAGAAGGUCGGAGGCAUGGUGUUGGCCAGCUCAAGUUUCAGGACGGAACCUGCUACACAGGCCAGUUUGACAAUGGACUCUUCCAUGGCUCUGGCGUUCUGCUAUUUACAGAUGGAUCCAGGUACGAAGGAGAAUUUGCACAGGGAAAGUUUCAAGGCACAGGAAUCUUCAGUCGUUACGAUGGCAUGAAGUUUGAAGGAGAAUUCAAAGACGGACGUGUUGAGGGAUAUGGGCUAUUGACUUUCCCAGACGGAGCUCAUGGUGUCCCACGAAAUGAAGGCUUGUUUCAAAACCACAAGCUGCAGAAGAGAGAGAAGUGUUCAGGAGUGGUGCAGCGGGCGCAGGCUUCAGCCACCAACGCUCGCAGUCUGGCACUUUGACUGUCGUGACCCUGGAGGAGAAACAGUCAGGGUUCCAGCACCUUCCAGGAGGGCCUCAGGGAUGUGUACUUGUAUACUCCCCUCCAGCUCUUCUCUCGCUGUCUUUCACUAUUUUUUUCUGCAUCUUUUUUGCUUAGCCUUCACAGUGACUUGGAAUGCACAUGCAAUUUGACCAAACAAUGGAUUUCUGUAAGACUGAUUUGAAAUGCACAAAACCAUGAAGCACACCUUUAACUUCACAAGUCAUGUAAGCAGCAAAUUCUGCUGUUUUUCUCUUGUUCUGAAUAUUGUACUCAUAAACAGUGUCUUAGUGUUUUGCUUUAGAACAGUUAGCUUUCAUUCACCAAACAACAGAAUAUGGGAGGCCUCUUUUUAGCAUUUCGUUGCACAUCUGGUACUUUAAAGAGGUUUUUUCCUGUAUUAGCUGAGGAGGUGUAGUGUUGUAAGUCUGUAUGGGGAAGACAAUUAGCCACUAAUUAGAUAUACUCACCUCAAAAAAUGCUGCAAUCCAUCAUGACAGAGAGUGCAACAGUGCUGCUGCAAACUGUAUCAUUCAAGGAAUGCAUUUUUUCCACUGGUGUUUGUCUUUUUAAAGAUCAGUAUUCACGUUUGCCUUAAAAAUGUUUUGGUACAAAAGUACUAUAGUUCAAGGGUGUCCGUCUGAAAAUCGGAUGACACAGAUGACGUGCCCUCCCUUUCCCUUCUCCUCUGCAUCAUUUGCCCUAAAGUGUCUGUCAUCCUAAUGAAUUCGAGGUCUGUUUGAAGAUUGCCUUCACUCUGAGAGACACGUUGCUAAGCUGGUGCUGAGUUUCAGCUCCCAUCACUCACGAGUCCAGCAGCUCUCCUCUAAUAAACCUCCCACUCCCAGUGGAAAUCAUGGAGAUUUAACUGGAUACUUCUCUCAUGCUUUCCCCUGUACAACCUGAAAAACCUGGUUGACUGGACAUCCUCAAACUUGAUAAAUAAUAAUGAUUAAAUAGAUUGUUUUAGGGACAUAAAUGAGGCAGCUGAAUGAAAGAAUUGAUCAAUCAGAUAUAUCCUUAAAAGUACGUAAUGCUAAUGUAUGUCUUUUUGUGAAGUGUAUAGAUAUUUACUGUUGAUGGUGUUUGCUCUGAUCUAUCAAAUGCAUCAAGACAUAAUCGUGUCAUGAGAGGUACAUAAUGGUGUUACUUAGUCAUUUAAAAUUUUAAAAGACUUUAAAUAAUUUAUUAACCUUUGUACAAUCGCAACUAGUCUGUGAUUACAGAUAAAUUCAGUGUACUUGAACAGUUAAUAGGCCUUACAAAGCAUUGUAGACGUGGCUUGUCUAGGGUUGCCUUCAUGGAACUUCAACCAAAGACAAUCAAAUGAUACUGUAGGUAAGGAAGCCUGGAGCAGUCAACAUGAGCUACAUAUGUUAUUUCUUACAGCUGAACAAUAAAGACAAAUCAAUAAGGCUUUAGUGUGCAAGAAAAACAAAAAGAGUGAAGAUCAAACUGGGAAUUGAUAUGAGAUUCUGUUGUAAAUAUU